CAAAGCGGUUCAUAAGAAACGCACAUCCACCUCCCAAACGCACAUCCACCUCCCCUGUUUCUCCAGCUUCGAGGUUUUCCAGGGAGAGGAAGGAAGGCAGAGAGAGCAGGGCGCUUGAGACUGCAAGAGGCCGCCGCCAUGGAGAACGAGUUCCAGGAUGGCAAGGAGGAGGUCAUCCAAGCAUGGUACAUGGAUGACAGUGAAGAGGACCAGAGGCUCCCUCACCACCGUGAGCCCAAAGAGUUCAUUCCUCUUGCCAAACUUUCAGAAUUAGGUGUUGUAAGCUGGAACCUGAAUGCUGAUAACUGGGAGAAAGACGAGAAUCUCAAGAAAAUCCGUGAGGCCAGGGGAUACUCCUAUGUGGACAUCUGCGACGUAUGUCCUGAGAAGUUGCCAAACUAUGAGGCCAAGCUGAAGAAUUUCUUUGAAGAGCACUUGCAUACUGAUGAAGAGAUACGCUAUUGUCUUGAGGGCAGUGGAUACUUUGAUGUGAGGGACCAAAACGAACAGUGGAUCCGUAUAGCAGUUAAGAAAGGUGGCAUGAUUGUUUUGCCUGCAGGAAUGUAUCACCGCUUUACAUUGGAUAGUGACAACUACAUCAAGGCAAUGCGGCUCUUUGUGGGAGAGCCUAUCUGGACGCCAUACAACCGUCCCCAUGACCAUCUCCCAGCUAGAAAGGAGUAUGUCGACAAGAUUAUCAACAGAGGUGGGAACCAAACUGUUGAAGCUCGUUGAUGGCUUCUACAGUGUUCGGCAGCGAGCGGAGUCUUCUGUAUGUAUCUACAUAUCACACCAAAAGUUACCGAAUAAGAUGUGUGUGAUUGGCUUUCGCCGUGUACUCGUACCAGCAUCGAUCAUGUAUCAGUUGUGUGGUUAGUUUGCGCCAUACCCGCUCGAAAAUCUUUGCUGAAACUUCUUCGCCUGGCGAUGAUGCCUACAUUGAAUAAUAAUGAUCCAGUGUCAGCAACGGUGUAACGAAAA